CAGGUGGGAAUUCGAGCCGUUGGAUUGACACAAAUUUUCUAGCCGUUUGCUUCGAAUGAAUGAAGAGGUCGGGUGUUGUUUGGUCGUUUCUUCUCUGGAGUGAUGACCCCGGCGGGUCGGAGAGGGGUGUGACCUAGGAUUAGGCGCGCACGAAUUCGCGAGCCCGGUGGGAGGGCGCCACAAUGCCGCGGAGCAGCGCCAAGAUUUUUGGCCAAGAAAUGCCUGAAAUUUCGCCUCCGGCGCUCCAGAUCGAAGGCUAGGCUAGUUCUUGGGUCGAUUUUUCAUGGGAAGCAGGAAAGAUUCAGUGGUGGCCGCGGGGAUUUGCUUCUCGGACGAAGAUCGCGGGGUCGAUCCUCACUUGGGGUAUCCUCGGGCCUAUGCGAAGCUGUGCCGGAACGCCUGUGCCUGGCUCCAGCUCCAGGGAUUCUUGCUGCCUCACGCAGAUGGCCCUCCCAGAGCGUUUCUUCCCUACACUGCUCGUCCGGAAGAGGUUGCAAAGCUAGAACAAGUCCAAGAUUUGUUCCCGAUCGUUCUCAGCGACAGCAGGAAGGAGCAUCCCUCGCAUCUCCACAAAUUCAAGGAUGUUCUCUGGCAGCAGCUUGAUCACCUCGGCAAUGCUGGUUUUGAUCCAGCGUGUUUUAGAGUAGACUCGUAUGGCAACGUUCUUUACUGGCAUGCUGACCCCGCCUCGCCACUAGCCUGGGAAGUCUGCCACUGGUUCCCCUAUUCAAGAGGCGGCAAGACGGUUCUUAACAAUCUAAGGCUCGCGCAAUGGCAAGUGAGUCUGAAGAAAAAGGAGAAGCUUGAGUUUCUCAUUCCUUGGUGGGAUCUCCAGCUUGGGGUGUCGAUUAAUCAGUUUCUUACAGCAUUUGAUUCACCGAAUAUUGGAUUCCGACAAAGGUGUUUUUCUUUUUUCUUUCUUGGUGGUGAAGACGAGCUUCCAGAUGGAAAGACGUGCAUAAACGAUCAUCAAUGGUCACAUCAUUUUCUAGAGAAGAAGAAACGCUCGGGGCUUGCAGUGGCUGGGCUCGUCCGGCUUCAGAAAGGAGACGAAUCUGCAAACUCCAGGCUGUCGUCUUCACCUUCAGGAUUACACCAAAAAGACUGGACUAUUUCGGAGGAAGAUGCGCUUUUGCGAGGAUAUCAGAAGUUUGGUUUUGGAAAUUGGAAGGCUAUAAAAGAAAGUGAACCACUUCUUACAAAUCGUUCUCUGGUUCAAAUUCGAGAUAAGUAUCGAUCCUUGACUGGCCUUCAAAAGGAAAACCUUCAUUCUCCGAGUUGUCUGUCACCUCUUCAUUCACAGGACGGUGACACUAACAGCCGAAUUUUAUCAUCCAUAAAGAGAGAGUCAAAGAUCAAGCUACUGAGGGAGGAAGAAAAGCAUAUGAGGGAAGGCGAAUCUUCAAAACUGAAGCAGGCCCUGCAGAGUAUCAAAGACCAAAAUGAACAGGAAAAGGCUUCCUUGGACACUCUGGAAGCAGAGCUACGAAAACAAAGAAAGCAGGUGGAAAAGCAAAGACAGUGGAACGAAACACAGGCAUCAUAUCGCAUCUGCCUUGAGCGGAUGAUUCAGGAAACUAUGCACCAGAGCGUGGUUUAUAAGGAAGAGUCGAGGCUGAAUGAAAUUGCCUGCAAUUCUCUCAUGGCGCAGUUGGAGUCUCAAGCUGAGACAUGCAACGCGGCCGAAUCUCGGCUUCUGCAUAACGCUCAUAAGAGGCAAGACCUGCUGCAGAUGACCAAGCCAGUUCCUCUUUUAGAGUCCGGAAGCGUGGACGAGGAAUGCGUACCAGAGAAAUCUUCAACGCAGCUGGUGAAAGCAGAUCGUCAUGCUCCUCCCAAGAAGCAGAGAAGCAGCACCAGAGACAGAGAAGUCUUGAAAGCAAGGGAUCUCCAAAACCAUCCGCCAGCCAACGUCUCCAACAAGCAAGACAGCUUCAGUGACUCCGAAGAUCAGCAUCGUAGUCAUAAGCGAUUCCGGAAGUCGACAACACCGGCCAAGAGCAGGAGAUCCCAGUCCGCUCCACGGCAACGACUUGACAAAGAAAACAGUGUGGCUCGUCGGGAAACACCAGCGGCACCCGCGUCUGCAAAACCGUCAAUGGACAGAAUUUACUACGAGGGUGGUACUGCGCCAAGGGAAGCUGACGAUGGAAGUAACAUUGCGAAUGCGGGCAGUGAUGGUGAAGGAUCGGAGGUGACGAGAACAUUCAAGCUGAUGCCUGUUAUCAAGAGGGAUAAGCAGAACACUGACAGCGGUUAUGCGAGCUGCGGGAGCCAGCGAUUCAAAGGCAUACUCCAUGCACCACAGAGCAAGGAGAGCAGGGAUAGCAGCGAGCGCUUUGAGAUCGACGUCUCCGCGAUAGAUUCCCGCGUGACAGCAGGAAGUUCCAAGUGCUCGAGGACACCGUCGGCUAGGAACUUUGUGGAGCUGCAUUCGCCGGAGGCAAGGAAGGCACUGUCAGAACGCGGGGAGAUGUCAUGCGACGAGGAAAGCAUCAAGGAAGGGAAGAACACUCUCGAUAAGUGGCUGCAAAUACUCUUGACGAGCACAGAACAGGUUGCGGGAGCAGAAAAGCAGGAUCCACCCCGUCCCGAAACUCAGGACAUCGUAACAAAGCCAGAGAUAGAGCAGGAGGAGGCAAUUCAGCUACAGCCGAGCCAAAGCAAGUCAAGAGGAUGGCCAGAGGACAUUGCAGUCCCUCCCCCCGGACUGGCUCGAGGCUUCAGCCAGAAGAUACCAGAGGAACGAGCGCAGGCGAAGAAAUCAAGCUCCGACAAGCUCAAGGUCCCAUUCUCCGGUCUCCUCCGUAGGCUGAGCUUGAGGCAGCAGCACGGCGCUACUCCAAAGCCAGCGGCAACCGGCGAUGCCGACGCAAAGGAUCCUCCCAGGAGGCAAGUUACUUUCGAGGACUGGGAAGGCAUCUCCACCAAGCUGGUGGCCAUGAACAUCGACAGCGGCAGCAGCAACAACAGGCACUCGGUAGUGAGAGACAGGAGAGACGCUGCAAACCAUCACCUGAGAAGCGCGAGCGCCCGCGGCUCGACGAGCUCCCCGGCGAGCAAGAACACGACGAGCAGCGUGAUAGCAGUGGAUCCUUCUCCUCCGCCGCCCAAGCUCGCGAAGUCCGUGCUCUACUACUCGACCGAUAACUUCCGGGGCAACAGCGUAAACCGGAGCCAUGGCAGCAGCAACAAGGAGAACCAGGGGGAGAACACCGCCACCACCACCAUUGUCAAGCAUCAUCCAGUUCCAAAUCUCAAGGCCAUGUCGCGAAGAACUUCGCGGCGAGCUUCCAUCGACGAGUGCGCGCAGGCGUGGAAGAACCAAGUCAGUCGCUUGGAAUCACAGCAGCAGCAGCAGCUCAAGGCCUGAUCGAGAGCCAAAUUCUUCCAAGAAUUUGCAGCAGCAGAGAAGAUUUCCAGGCGGCAAACCAAAACAAUUCGUCCAAGAAAGAGUAAGUGUUCUUCACUUCGUCGUUGUAUGUCUAUGUAACACUAUGGUUAUUUUUCGUCGCGUGUAACAACAAUACAGCAUUGAUUAUUUUUCUC